AAAUUUCCCAUUAUUAUUUCUAACCUUUGAAGUAAGAUUAAUAGGUGCUCCGGGUAAAAUAUGCAGGGAUCUGCAUCCAUUCGUCUUCUUGGUGUCUUCGUUAUCGGUUGGUCGGUGGAACUCGUGGGCGAAGUUUACCGGGGAACUAAGUACACGUACCGCCAUCUUAGAGUCGGUCUCUUAUCGUCCGUCCGGCUAAAGAUCCACCAGGAAAUUUUCCCGGUCCCUUCCGCCCAAAACACCACCGCGUCCUCUCAAAUUCAGCAGCCUUCAUUUUUUACGCUCUUCGACUUCUCGUUGCUGUGUACGAGUAGCAGGAUCGAGGGAAAGCCUUCAUCAUCAGAGCGCCUAGAUCUGUCAUCUCAUCUUCUUCUUGGCUGAUUGCCCGACUCUUCCUUUGUAUAUUAUACAGUGGCAUUUGGGAUGCUCGUGUGACGCCCCAGGUUGGAUUUCUGCGAUAUAAUCCUUUGAGCGAACUCU